AUGUCUAACAUCAGAGCCGACACAGACCCCGCUUCAGGCAACACACAGUCUGCCACGCGAUCUACGACAAGCUUCAGUCAAAGGACUACCGGCCAGCAGGGCCCCGAAACCAGUCGUUGGAGUUCCAGCACGUCGAGCGCGGUGGGAAGUACCGCUGGAAGCCGCACGCAGCAGUCUACUAGAUCAGGAAAUGAUAGCACUGCUGCCAACCGGGGAUCUAUUACGAGCAACAUGUCUCGCAAUUCGACAAACAGCGCUGAUAGUGUCGAAGCGGCACGGAGACAGACAAUAUUUGCCUUGGAACAUGGUGGACGUACGUCAGAUUCCGAAAGACCUGCUCAAGCACUGGUUUCACGAGUUGCUGAGGAUCCUAAUGCGGCUCAGCAACUGAGUAGCAGUGGUGGUGAAGCGCAGAGACGAAGGCGAGGGGGUAAUGCUGCUAGCAGCCUGAACUAG